GCUCAGUCCGUCUCGAGCGGUUGUCUAAUUUUGAUCGUGCGGUCGAUCGAUCGAUCGGUCGGUUGGGUGUAAAACGUCAGCUAAGCUCGGCUCCCCCCUCAGACGGUGUUGUUGUUGACUGAAACUGAUCGACGUCAUUUCGCUGCGAACACGUGCGAGCUUCGGAGAAUCGGUGUUUAGGAGACAGCGAUAGAGCGAGAGAGAGAGAAAGAGCAAAAAACGACGUAAAUAAAAGUGUGCGGCUGACAGAUUUGGAUGCUUGGGGUGCAAGGAACCCGUCGAAGGCUGAAGAAAGAUAAAAGGGUUAUUGUGUAGUCUUGCGCGAGUGAAUCAGCUUGUUGGGAACCGGUUUCCGAUUCGGAAAACCAAAUUUGUGACCUAUCACCGGAGAAUUCCAUUCCAUUCCUAAUUCAUUAGCGGCUAACGAUGAUGCGUAAAAAUAUCGGCCAACUUCGAUCGUUCGCACUGGUGUUGGUUGUAUUGGUGUUGGGUCGUGAUUUUGACCUUGUGUACGGAAGGACAUCGUCGAAGCUACGGGUGGAAUUACCACACGGAGGGGUUCUGGUGGGACGGUUCCUGAACUCGUUCAGUGGCCGGGGAAUUUUGGCGUUCCUGGGAGUGCCAUACGCGAAACCACCAAUCGGAGAACUGCGGUUUAAGGCUCCCCUUCCGUUCGGUGGGUGGACCGGCGAACGAAAUGCCAUCACCGAUGCGCCGCUCUGCACCCAGCGAGAUCCGUACCGGCGCGAUAUGGACAUAUCCGGGGUCGAGGAUUGUCUGCAGCUGAAUGUGUACGUUCCGGAACGACCGGCCAACGGUGACCCGCUGCCGGUGAUGGUAUUUUUCCACGGUGGUGGCUGGCAGUGCGGAUCCGGGACGCGAAGUUUCUACGGACCGGAUUUUCUGCUGGAUCACGAUGUGAUCUACGUCGGUGCUAACUUCCGGUUGGGUCCGCUGGGUUUCCUCAGUACCGAACAGGAAGACUGUCCCGGGAACAACGGUCUGAAGGAUCAGAAUCUGGUUCUGAAGUGGAUCCAGGAAAAUAUUGCUUCCUUCGGAGGCAACCCACGGUUGGUCACCGUUUUCGGAGAAAGUGCUGGCGGUGCUAGCGGAACCUAUCACAUGAUGUCCCCAUUGUCACGGGGGCUGUUCCACCGUGUGAUUUCACAAUCGGGCGUCAAUUUGGAUUCCUGGGCUCUACCCACGCACCCGGGAGUUGCUCGGAAAAGAUCGAUUCAACUGGGCGAAAUGCUUGGCUGUUCACAGGGACAGACCCGAGACUUCCGGGCCAUGAUCGACUGUUUGCGAAAAGUGCCUGCCGAAGAUGUUACCAAGGCGUUCUAUAACUUUUUCACUUGGGACACGGAUCCGAUGAUUCCCUUCCCGCCCGUGGUUGAACCAAACCUGCCUGGGGCAUUUAUUACCAAACAUCCGAGAGAGGAGUACGAACCGCAUGCAAUAGCGCUUCCGUGGAUGACGGGUUUGACCAUGGAUGAAGGGGCCCUGAAAAGUGCAUCUCUUAUCAAUCUGCCAGAAAUUCGUGCCAAUCUGAACGAACACUGGGAUCGUGCACUUCCCGUGUCCUUGAACUACGAUCACCACGAUGAACGUCGGCAGCAGGAAAUUACCAACGCAAUCAACAAAUUCUAUUUCAACAAUCAACAGUUAAUCAAGGAAACGGAACAGAAUUUAACCAAUCUCUACACAGAUGCCUGGUUCCUGGCCGGAAUGGACGAGUACCUGCACAUCCGACUGGAAGGUGAUUCGCGUAGGAAAACCCCGGCCGGUCCCACCUAUGUCUAUUUGUUUGCCCAGCGAACGGCAGCCAGUUUUACGGAAAUAUUUGAGGGUGGACAGGAUAAAUAUUACGGUGUUUGCCACGCCGAAGAGCUCCAGUUCCUAUUUCCAAUCGCCCGGGAUCUCUUCGUGACGUCCAUUCCGACUCCGGAAGAGUUGGAAGUGCGCCGUAUAAUCACCAAGUUGUGGGUUAAUUUUGCUCGAACGGGAAAUCCUACUCCCGCGGAGGAUGACGAGCUUCCGCGUUGGCCCACGACAGACGGUUUUCCGCUGGUGUAUCUGAGAAUUGGAAGUAUGAACUCGAAACAGGAACCCCUGCUGGCCGUCGAGAGUGGUUUGUUCGAAGCACGAUCGAAUUUCUGGCGGGAGCUGAAGGCGCAUCACCAUCCGGACCAUGUGCUGUCCAAGGAUGAGUUGUAGAUAUACGAACGAAGCAUAAAGUUAGAAGAAUUUUUAUGUAAUGUAAUAAAUCUGGUCGAUUGGAA